AAUAUGUUCAUGCAUUCACAUUUCACACAUGGACAUCGAAUCCCUCCCUCUGAUAAAAAUUGUGGAAGUUCCUUUGCUUUUCUAACGAAUUCUUUCACCCCUUCAAUGAAUUCAGUUUUCAACCCUUUUCUCCCUGGAUAAAGUCUUUCAUACAUCCAAGUACGAUCCAUAUUCUGCAUCUUAAUACCAAUUUAUUUAAACAUAUUCGUAUUCCAUAAUGGGAACCUUAUUUUUGGGCGAGUAUAAAAAUAAAAUAUAAUGUUUUGCGCGCUUCCAUGGCGGAAGAUGACCCUCCAGGGCAUCGCCUACCUCUAAUGGAGGUCUCUCAACCAGUGAUUACAGAUUCUACUUCGGAUUUGUUGAAAUCCAAAAUUUUGGAUUCGCAUAUGCAAACUCACAACUCAGCGAAAAUGGAGCUACAAGCCUUAGCACUUGUUCCUGAGGCAUCCUCCAGCUUAAUCGCCCCUCUAAAGGCUAAUCCCAUUGCUAAAAUUGUUGAAGUUGAAGAUAUCAGUCACGAAGACUUCCCCCCUUUGUCUGCAGAAAUCAAAGGCUAUGGUAAAAUGGCUUCAACUCCUAGUGAGAAUUAUGUUAAUGCAUUUCGAACUUAUGUUAAACAUUUGUUGGCAAUGGGAAAAACUGAGGAAGCAUUAGAAUUUGUUCAGCGUUAUAGUCCUAGCUCUAUUCUGUCUGUUUCAUCUUAUAAGCCUGAAUGUGCUCAAGAAAUUCUGGAACCUAUUGUAACUAAAGUCCCUACUGAUGUUGGAAAUAUUGCCUCCUCUUCUAAGGCCCCUGCUGUUAAAUCACUUCCUCCCACUGUCAAAAGCCAAGCUCCCUCACAGUUUAAGUCUACUACUCAAUUGGAUGGUAAGACUAAUGUUGUGUUACCGAAGCUCAGUUAUGCUCAAACUGUUGCACCUCACUCCGCUCCUGUUCCCUCUUUGGGUAAUAUGAUUGCAAAACUCCCAGACAGAAAUGUGAUAAUGCACAGAGACACUCCUGCCAUCAGGUUUGCAGAGGAAGAGAUUGAAAACCUAUCUAGAAUUGAUAGGUUUACACUUGUGGGAAAAUUUUCUCAUGGACAACCAAAACUGGAAGUUAUCAGGAAGCACUUUGCAACUCAGUAUGUCCUAAAGGGUCAAGUUACAAUUGGAUUGAGGGGUCCUCGACAUGUUUUUCAUACCUUCACUAAUAGCCAAGACUGCACUGAUAUUUUGUUAAAAAAUCAAAUUGCUUUCAAUGGAGCUAACCCAAUGAGACUUUUCAGAUCAACCUUGGAUUUCAACACAGAAACAGAAACUUCAAUUGCUCCAGUUUGGAUUCUAUUGCAUGGCUUGCCAAUUCAUUUCUUUGAUAUUACUACACUUACUCUAGUAUGCAAGCCAUUGGGCAAAGUUUUGGGGGUUGAUCAGGCUACUUUGAACAAAUCUAGGCCCCAUGUUGCAAGGGUCAGGGUGGAAUUGGACUUAAUGCAGCCUCUUAUUCAAAAGGUCUUUAUUGGAACUUCAAUGACUCCUAGAAGGGAGGAUGAGGGGUUUUAUCAAUCUAUAGAAUAUGAAAGAAUCUCUUUCUACUGUUCCAAAUGUCUUAAACAAGGUCACUCAACUGAUAAAUGUAAAUUGGGGGAAGAACAGCAUAUUAGGGCAGAGAAGAUCAGAAAAGGCAAAUAUGUUAUGCUGGAAACCACAUCCAAGCCAGAUACAAGUAAAGCACCCUCUCACCAAAUCCCACAAAGCAUGAAGUAUGUCCCUAAAGUCCAAAAUGUCAAAAAUUCAGAGACAACCGCAACUAGAAACCAUUUUCCACAUCCAACGCCAGCACCUGGGCAGGAUACUUCUUUUCAAGUUGUACACAAAAAACAACACCAUCAACAGAAAACUACUACCAAGACCUUGGGUCAUAAGGAAUCACAGCAACCUAAACAAUUUGCUCUAACUCCCACUAUUAGUAUUAUUCCCAAAAACCUCUCAAGUCAGCUCCCACAAUCAGCCCCUAAACCCCCUUUGGGCACACAUUCUAAUUCAUUUGGUAUCCUGGAACAUUUAUCUGAAGAUCAAACUGUUCUAAACCCCAAAGCUCCUGAAUUCCACCCUUCACAAAUUGCCCUUGGUGUUUUGCAACAGCUGGAACUACAACCUGUUGAUCAGCAUGGAGUACAAUUUCCUGUCCUACCUAUACCCCACCCACCAGAACAAUUGAAGAGUGCUGAAAACACUUCAGCAAAUACUAUUCCAUCUAACAAAAUUGCUAUGUUGGAGGAACUUGACCCUGGUCCAAAAACUAUAGAGGAAGAUACUGAGGAGAUGUGGUCUGAUGAAGGGGAGCAGAUGCUGCUUGUUCAACUACUAGAAGACACCUUGGUUUUCCUCAUCACAUUGUUGGUUGUCAAGGGAAGAUAUGGAUUUUCUGGAAGGACACAUACCAGCUUAGUAUCAUUGCUGAUGAAGAACAGACAGUUUUCUUUUCUCCAUGCAUGGACAACUCACCCUAAUUUUAUUCGUGUUGUUCAAAAAGCCUGGUCUAUGGAGAGCUCUGGUCCACCCAUGACCCAAUUCUCUACCAAACUACUUGCUACCAGAAAAGCUUUGAACAUUUGGAAUAAAGAGGUCUUUGGAAACAUUUUCACUAAACUUGAGGCUUUGGAGAAAAAAGUCCAGGAAGCUGAGGAAACUUAUCAGAUUGCACCUACUGAUGAGAACUUGAUGCAUUUCAAAUCUGUGGAUGCUCAAUAUCUACACCAACUUCACUUGGAAGAAUUGUUUUGGAAGCAAAAAGCUCAUGUACAGUGGGUUGUGGAUGGGGACAUAAAUUCUAAAUAUUUUCAUGCCUUAGUGAAAGCCAGAAGAAGGAAACUGUAUAUUCAUAAAAUCAAAGGCCUAGAUGCCAUUAUACUACUGCCCAAGGUUGACAGCCCCAAUACUUUUGCUGAUUUUAGAGCUAUAAGUCUGUGCAACUUCAGCAGCAAGAUUAUUUCUAAAGUUCUAGAUUCAAGAUUGGCUGGUGUUCUUCCUCAUAUCAUCUCCCCUUCUCAAUCUGGUUUCAUCCAAGGGAGGUCUAUAACUGAAAAUAUUUUGCUUUUGCUAACUCAAGAACUCUGUCAUGGUAUGCAACUACAACACAGGGAUAUUUUUUUGAAACUCGAUCUGGCUAAGGCUUAUGACAGAGUUUCUUGGGCCUUUCUCAACAAAAUCCAGAGACAAAUGGGUUUUUGUGAACAAUGGAUUGACAUGGUGUUCAGAAUGGUCUCCAACAUAUGGUAUACUGUUCUUGUCAAUGGCCAAAGGGAAGGUUUCUUCACCUCCUCUAGGGGAUUGAGGCAGGGUGAUCCUUUAUCUCCAGGGUUGGGAACUAACAAACCUGAUAAAGCCAUUUGGAAGCCUAGGUCUAAUGGCCUCUUUACACUCAAGGCUGCUAAACAUUUCAUGGGGUGCAAUGACCUUAUUGUGGCUUUGGUCAAGCCCUAGAUUAGUAUGUUGGUAGUUAGGACCUUUUUGUGGCUUUGGUCAAGCCUUGUUCUAGGCUUCCCCAUCCUUUCUUUACUUAUUGUACUCCCCGGAAGGCAUGUCUUCCGUAUGAGGGGCUGGCGUUAGGCAUUGGUUUGGUCGUCCCCUCACUCUGUGGUGACGAAUAGAUCUUAAUAAAACUCAGUAAGGGUU